GCUGCCAAAGUAACCAUGUUGGUGAUGGAAGUGGAUCUAUUAUUUAAUGGUUUAUAGUGACAUUUUAAGUUUGUUUCGUAGUAAAUUGUACUUAUUAACGUUCCUUUUUGUAUUCAAUGUGAAUAGUAGUUAGAAUUAAAUUCGUGAAAUAAUUAUAAAAAGUGUUCGCGUCACCGGUGGAGCAUUUGUGGUCAAACGAAGUCAAAUUUACGUUCGACAGUGGAUCAAUCAGCGAAGCCGUAAGCACGGGUGGUCUGCGGUAAGAUGUCGUUCCCGCCUCGGCCGCCGCUGGUGCCGUACGGGAUCGCGCCGGGCGUCGUCACAAUGCAGAUGCCCACACAUGUGAUGGUGGGCGCGUACGGCGCGAGCGCGGGCGGCGGGCGCGGCGCGCUGCUGCCGGCGCCGGCGCCCGGCAAGGCGGUGAUCGCGCGCGGGCCCACGCGCAACGCCAACGGCGCCAAGGAGCCCGACGGCCCGCCAGUCACCGUCUUCAUAGGCAACAUCUCGUCGCGCGCGCCCGACGCCAUGAUCCGCGCGCUGCUCAGCGCCUGCGGGCCCGUGCUCAGCUGGAAGCGCGUGUCCACCUUCGGCUUCAGCGAGUUCGCCAGCCCCGAGGCGGCGCUGCGCUGCGUGCGCCUGCUCAACAGCCGCGCCGUCGCCGACAAGCAGCUGCUGGCGCGCACCGACGGCAAGAUGCAGGCGCUCGUCGACACCUACAAGACCGAGCAGCGCUCGCGGCUGGGGCAGGAGGAAGGCGCGCCCGGCACGGAGGGCGAGGCCUCGUACCUGGACGCGCGACAGCGGGCUCUUGACGACGCCGCCGAGCGCCGUCUGCAGCAGAUCAUGCGCGAUUAUCAGGACGACAUCAACAACUACGAAAUGCUACAGAAAGAGGAGGCGAUUUCAAAGACGGCCCGCGUGCUCGAGGAGGCCGAUAUAUCGGAGGAGAAACGUGAUGUAAUCCAUCGUGAGAUCGGCAAGUUCCGCGAGAGCAUGAAGGAGGAGGCCGACGUCGUGGUGCGACGCAAGCGCGACACCAAGGACAGCGACAAGGACCGCGAGCGGGACCGCGACCGAGACCGAGAGCGCGAGCGCGACCGCGACCGCGAGCGGGAGCGGGAGCGUCCGGCCGAGCGCGGCGGCGAGCGCGAGCGGGAGCGGGACCGCGAGCGAGACCGCGAGCGGGACCGGGACAAGGACCGCGACCGGGACAAGGACCGCCGCCGCCGGAGCACUUCCAGGACUAAAGAUCGUCGUGAAGAACGAGAUAAAGAAAGGGAACGCGAAAGAGAAGAGAGAGAACGGGAUAGAGAACGUGAACGAGAACGAGAACGGGAGCGGGAGAGGGAGCAGCGCGAGCGUGAGCGGGAGAGGGAGAUCCGAGAGAGGGAGCGGGAAAGAGAGCGAGAACGCGAGCGGGAGCGCGAGCGCGAGCGAGAGCGUGACAGGGAGCGGUCCCGCGAGCGCGAGCGAGAGCGCGAGAGGUCGCGCGGCCGCAGUCGCAGCGAGGCGGACGCGCGCCGCGACAAGGAGCUCGAGGACGAGGCGCGCGAGAAGAAGCGCCUCGAGAAGAAGGCGCGCGAGAAGGAGGCCGCCUACCAGGAGAGGUUGCGGAACUGGGAGAGCCGCGAGCGUCGCAAGGCUAAAGAGUAUGAAAAGGAGGGAGAGCGCGAGCGGUGUCGCGAGGAGGAGCGCGAGCGCGAGGCGAAGCGCCUGAAGGAGUUCCUCGAGGACUACGACGACGAGCGGGACGAUUACAAAUAUUACAAAGGCAAGGAGCUGCAGCGGCGGCUGGGCACGCGCGUGCGCGAGGCCGAGGCCGACGCCCGCGAGCGCGCGCGCGAGCAGGACGAGCUGGACGCGCUGCGCGUGUCGCUGUUCUCGGGCCGCGCCGCCGACGACCCCGCCGCGCUGGCCGCCUUCGAGCGCGCGCGUCGCGAGCAGGACGAGCUGUACCGGCCGCGCCUGCUCAUCGACGUCAGCCUGCAGCUGGAGCAGCAGCGCGAGCGCGAGCUGCAGCGCGCGCGCCUGCGCGAGGAGGCGCGGCGCGAGGCGCGCGAGCGGGCGGCGCGCGAGCGGGAGCGCUACCUGCGCCUGGCCGCGUCGCGCCAGCUGCCCACCGAGGCCGAGCCCAUCGACUCCGACUCGUCGGCGGGCUCGGGCGCCACGCCGCCGCGCCCGCGCCGCCGCCGCGCGUCCGCGCCGCCCGAGCCCGCGUCGCCCGCGUCGCCGCGCGCCGAGCCGCCGCCCGCCGCGCCCGCCGGCAGCUCGCCCAUCACCAUCAGCUUCAAGAACCACCACAAGCUCAGCCCCUCCAACUCCGCCGACACCCCCAACGCGUGGAGGGCGCCGACGUACCUGGGCCGAGAGGCGGGCCGCGUCCGGCGCGUGCACGCGGCCUUCGCGGGAGAUGACGACGACGCGCCGCCGCACACACACCCGCCCGACCACCGCCCCAAAGAUAAAAAGGACAAAAGUAAGAAAGGCGAGGCGGCGGCGGGAGGGGAGAAGGAGAGUCGGAGCGCCGAGGAGAAACGGAAACACAUCAAGAGUCUUAUCGAUAAGAUCCCCACGCAGAAGGACCAACUGUUCCAGUACAAGCUCGAUACUGCACAGAUUGAUAACGUGUUGAUGGAGAAAAAGAUCCGUCCGUGGAUCAACAAGAAGAUCAUCGAGUACAUCGGGGAGCCCGAGCCCACGCUGGUGGACUUCAUCUGCAGCAAGGUGGUGGCCGGCUCCGCGCCGCAGGGCAUCCUCGACGACGUGCAGAUGGUGCUGGACGAGGAGGCGGAGGUGUUCGUGGUGAAGAUGUGGCGCCUGCUCAUCUACGAGCUCGAGGCCAAGCGCGCCGGCCUGCACAAGUGACGCGCCCACUAGUCUAGCCAUUAUCAUUAUAAAUGCAAAUAUUAUAAACAGUUUUA